GGUGGUUUAGUGGAAAUAUGACCCUGGUGGUAAGUACGUUUAUAGAAUAAUUAAAGACUGGUUGGCGCGCGAUCUACAUGACUACACAGCUGUGACUUUGAGAGCUGGUGUCAGCGAGUCUAACAAUACAGUUCUGGAAAACCGUGAACUGAAGCCUCAGGAGCAAGGAGAGGACACAACAACUCUCAUUUCCUUCAGGAGGUUUCAAAGGAACAACGGAUACAGUAGCAUUCCUGGAAUGACUAUGAACUACGGCCUCUAACAAUAUUUAUUUCAAAGACAUCCCAAAUUGAGUCAGAAAAAAACGAUUAAAAACAAAAUAUGUCUGUUCUAGAAUUAUUUUCUCUAAGUGGCAUGUCCGUUAUGUUUAUUACCCUGAAUUUAAUCAUCCUCCUUUUCAUCAUCAAUCGAAACACAAACCCUAAGAAUUUCCCUCCAGGCCCCAGAGGUCUACCGCUGCUGGGGAACACCUUCAACCUGGACCUGAAGAGACCCUACCAAACCAUGAUGGAGAUGAAGGACAAGUUUGGACCCGUGUUCAGCAUUCAGAUGGGCUUGCGUAAGACCGUGGUUCUGUGUGGCUAUGAGAUGGUGAAGGAGGCCUUGGUCACUCAGGCUGAUCAAUUUGCUGAGCGGCCAGACAUCCCAGUAUUCAAACAGAUCACCAGAGGAAACGGAAUCAUAUUCGGCCAUGGGGACUCCUGGAGGACCAUUCGGAGGUUCACUCUGACGGUGCUCAGGGAUUUGGGAAUGGGAAAGAGGAACAUAGAGGAGAAAAUCAUCGAAGAGUCAGAAAACCUUGUAAAUAGCUUUGCAGCUCAUAACGGUGAUGGCUUCCAGACCACCAUUCCUCUGAAUGCGGCAGCGUCCAACAUCAUCGUCUCUCUGAUCAUGGGCCACAGGAUGGAGUAUGAUGACCCAAUCUUUAUUAAGCUCUUGGAAAUGAACUAUGAAAGCUUCAGGCUGACCAGUUCACCGUUCAUUCAGCUGUAUAACAUGUACCCAGUGAUCCACCCGCUGCCAGGGCCUCACCACAGAGUGCUGGCGUACCAGGACAACCUGAAGGCCUUCUUCAGGAAGAUUUUCAUCCAGCACAGACAGAUCCUGGAUGAGAAUGACUCCCGUAGCUACAUCGACACAUUCCUCAACAAGCAGCAGGAGGAAAAGGAUAAUCCCUAUUCCCACUUCCAUGAGUGGAACCUCCUGUGUUCCGUCACCAACAUGUUUGUGGCUGGGACGGAAACCACCUCCAGCACCCUGGCCUGGGCCUUGGCGUUCAUGAUCAAGUAUCCUGAAAUACAGAGUAAGGUCCAUGAGGAGAUAGACAAGGUGAUUAGUGGUUCCACGCCAAGGAUCCAGCACAGGCAGAUGAUGCCCUUCACCGACGCAGUGAUCCAUGAGACCCAGAGGUUCGCUGACAUCCUGCCCAUGGGCCUGCCCCACGAGACCACAGCCGACGUCAGCCUCAAAGGCUUCUUCAUACCUAAGGGGACCUACAUUAUCCCACUGCUGAGGUCAGUACACCGUGAUAAGGCUCACUGGGAGAAGCCGGAUGAUUUCUACCCUCACCACUUUCUCAACGUCGAUGACAAGUUUGUCAAGAGGGAGGCUUUCAUGCCCUUCUCCGCAGGUCGUAGAGUGUGUGUAGGCGAGACUCUGGCCCGCAUGGAGCUCUUCCUCUUCUACACCUCCCUCAUGCAGCGUUUUUCCUUCCUUCCCCCCAUCGGGAUGACUGCUGACGACGUGGACAUCUCCACCUGUGGGGGCCUGAGCCUCGCCGCCCCACCCAUCAAAGUACGGGCCCUGCCUCGUUUCCAUGACCCCUAGGGAAUUACCCCAACAGCCUUGUAUUUCAGAUUUUCCUGUGUUAAGGACAGUUAUCACUUUGAGAUGUCAGUAAUCAGUAGGAUACCUCAUCUGCCUUGAAUCUAAAACACUCAGGACUAACCAUUAAAAACACAACUGUACAAAACUAGUUUUGUAAAUUUAACUGUACUGACAAUUAUUGUACAGUCAAGCAAUGGAUAUAAAUGUAUCAAACUUAUCUAGACAAUGACAAGGUCAUUUCAAAUCCUAACAAAAGUAUCAUUUUAUUUUGUUAAAUUGUCUGCAGAAACAGAACGAUCGACUGAAACAAUCUAGCAAACAUGACAAUUGUUCUAACAAUAAAAUCUGCACAAAUAUAACAGGUUGAGCUUCUGUUAAUCACUGGAAAAGCUCAUUAAAGACUUCUCAAAUCUCUGUCUUGCCAUACAAAGUAUCAAAAUGUGCUAUUCCUCAUAACAAAAUUAAGUCGGUACAAAGUUAGAAAAGAAAAAAGCAUUUACAGAAAUAGUGUUUGGUAAAACAUUGCAACACUGUAACUUUAGCAAUAGCAGCAUAAAUAAAUGCAAACUAGGUCAUUAUUUUUGUGUCUAGAAUUUUAACAAUUACAAAACACUUAACUUAGAAGAAAUGUGAAUCACAAACACAUCCACAUCAUUUAGUGAGGACUUUGUAAAACAGUCUCAGGUUGACCUCUUUCUCACUCCUCCUCUUCCUCUUCCUCAUUCCUCUGUCCAAAGGGAAGAGCCGUCUGGCCACGGUCCGGGUCUUUCAGCCGCAGGAUCCGGAUCAGGUUGUUGACUGGGAGAGAGCUAUAGGGAACACAACCACCAACCAAGACAUUUAUUUUAAGUACACUAUUUUUGAUAAAUUGAAUAUGCAAAUGAGAGAUAAUUAGGCAAAGCCAUGAUAUAGAUUAAGCAAUAAGGCCCAGGGGGGUGUGGUACAUGGCCAAUAUACCAAUGCAAAGGGCUGUUCUUAUGCACGACUCAACGCGGAGUGCCCGGAUACAGCCCUUAGAUGUGGUAUAUUGGCCCUGAGGUGCGUUAUUGCUAUUAUAAACUUGUUACCAACAUAAUUAGAGCAGUAAAAAUAAAUGUUUAGUCAUACCUGUGGUAUACGGUCUGAAAUACCACGGCUGUCAGCCAAUAAGCAUUCAGGGCUCAAACCACCGUUUAUAAAAUAGAACAGAGAUGCUUAAUGAAAUACCACGGCUGUACCAAAAUACCACACAGGAGGGUGAUGGAAGGCUACAAUACCUCAUGCUCUGUGGGGUGAGGAAUAUGAACUGUCGGUAACGUUGGCUAGAAGCGAUUUUCAACAUCAUGUCCAUGGAUAUCCUUCGGUUCACCAUGUCCUAAAAAGACAGUUACAUCUACUGACAGACAGUGUCAACAGAACAGAACGAUUGACUGAAAUAACAGAGCAAAAAUAUGAAGAACAAUGUGUCAAUCUUAGCCGUCCUCACAGUGUAGGCUACAGAAGACACCUGAGCUUAGAUUAAAAGUAAGUUCAUAUUUGAAAUGUAUUUAAUUGACUGAAGCAACUCAAAGGGAUACUUCGGGAUUCAGGCAAUUGCCGGCAAGCCUUUUUUUCUACUUACCCAGAGUCAGACAAACAUAUGAAUACCAUUUUUAUGCUACCUUCAACUUCCUUCAAACUGCACGCAGGGACAUAAAAACGGUAUCCAGCAGUUUGUCUGACUUUGGGUAAGUAGUGUUGGAUUCUAUCUUGAAAUAUACUUAUUCCGGUCACUAUAUUAGAACGGACUGAUCACUUAGCAUGUAUGUAAGGGGUCAAUGAAAGGUGAAUAGGUACUGUGUGUAUGGAAAGUUACUGAGUGAGACAAAGGGAAGGAGAGAAAGUGUCUCUGUUCAAACAUGUUGUUGCUGAAUAUUAAUAAUGAGCAUCAGUUCCUGAUAAUACAGGCCAGCUGCUGUAGAACUAGGUCAAGAAGGGAUGUGGAACUCAACUCGAGAUAAGGUCAACAGUUGAAGAGAGAAGAAACCUCUGGGAUGGGGGCCAGAGAUCACCCGGAGGAACAGGGAUGAAUUGCUUAUCUUAGACAUACAAGGAGGUGACUUCUAGUCAACAGUUAUAAAUAUAUACUUGUGUGACUUGUAUGUUGUGUUUUGCAGAUGAAGAACUCAGUGGGUUGAAUAAACUUGGUUUGAGCUUUU